UUCAGAGUCAGUUUGUCAGUAUUGUCGAGCGUAAUUGGUUGCGUUUUUCUGAAUCACCACAAUAAUAAUAAUAUAAGACACAGCGAACAGCCUUCGGCCUCUGGCAGCAGCAGUACUAACUGCAGUGCAUUGAAGGAAGUGGCAGUGCUUGCGAAAACGAUUUAUAGGAGCCCGGAGGAAGAAAAAGGGAGAUCGUUUUCACUGAAUACGACAAAUCGAAAACGAAGGAAAAAGCAGGACUGGGAAAACAGCGAACGAGUCGAAUUAUUAUAUACAGCGUUUGGUCUAUUUCGCCUAAUCUUUGCCUAUCCGCCUAACAACGAUCUGCUGUGCAUUGUAGUGCUUCUGCUACGACGCAGCGCGACGCAAUCACCGAGAAGUGGGAUAAUUAGGAUUUGUACGGUGAUUCGGAACGUGAGAGUGUUCGUGAUCGUGAAGAAACGGGUUGAGGAAGUUGUCUGUAUCAAAUCAUUCCCCGAUCCGGCUGAGCGGGUACGGCAGAAGCGAACCGAGAGCAGAAGUAAACGACGACCGGUUGGAACCCCACUGCCGAGAAGCAGUUGAUCCAAAAAAGAACUUGCUGUUCGAAAUACGCUGAUUAGGAGUUUCAUCCAGUUAACCAGCUGGAGAGCGGUUAGUUGUCGUUGUUGUUCCCCGGAUCAUCGCAGCAACUGCGCGUUCGAGCUUGUUUUGUGAGUCGCGAUCUUUGCGUAGGCGUUCAUAGAACCGAUUCUCGCCCCAUGCGAGGCGUUGAUUUUAUUUCAGUUUCCCUUUUCGUUGGCCAAAUUUGGCGAUUUUCUCCAGAGUGACAAUCAGUUGGCCAUUAGUUUAGACAUUCAUUAGCCGUGGGCAGUGUCAGUGAGAUUUGGUCAACAUUUGGUGCCGUGUACGCGCGAGUGUCCCUACGUAUCGGUGUGUCACAGUUGUGUGCAGUACGAAACGAACCAUCUUACUUGACGACGAAGUAGGCCCCGCCAUCGUGACCUUCAUGACCGUGUGUGCGCAUUGCACUACUGACUACAUUUUCGUGAAUGAUCGUGACUAUUGUUGAUCGCACGGAAGGCGGUUGAUUAUUUCGUGUGUCGGAAAAGUUUUUUUUUUUGGUGAAUUCGAAAGUUUGCUUUUACGCACUACACUACAGUACAAGUGAUAACAAUACGAAUCCAUUAGCUAGAGCUGAAGAGCAGGUGCUGCUCGAGUUGCUUUUCCUCUUAGAAAAGGGAGCCAAUAGCCAAGUGGGAAAAUAUCAUCGAAAGCUCGUUGAAAUUUUGUUCGUUUCGUGGAAGCAGAAGAAGAAAAGCAUACAUAUUUUGUAUGUACAAAUAUAUCGUGCUCGCGAGAAGUAAAUUUGUAGCUAGUAUCGCACAGCAUUUCUGGUUUUUCUCUCUUGAUUCACAAUAAAACGUAGUCACCGUGGUAUUCGUCGUCACCGCGCCGUCAUUGUCGUAAUCGUUGCCGCAGCUACCACCGCGCCCCGUUCGCCGUCGUUGCUGUCUGCGACUUUACCGCGCCCUCCUGGGCUCUAUACGUAUACAGUGAGAAGAAGUGAGGUCGCUCGAAAGCACCGAAGAAAACAGAUUCAAUAGCGCGAAAUCAAAAUCGAGAAGAGAAGAAUAAAUAGUACCCAUAAAACGUCGAAGUUCAUCUCUGUGUGUGCAAUAACCAACGCUAGCGCCCGCCCGCGUCACCCCGUUCGGGUCACUAAAAGUUGUGUUCUUAUUUUUCCUGUGGAUCGGAUCAUCGAAAAUUUGUUUUCAUGAUAUCUGCUUGGAUAAAUCCCUACAAUGAGAAGUGUGGAACUUUGAAAGUUCCCGACUCCCAUAACCAGCGGAUCAUGGACGGCUACCAUGUGCAGACUCAGGACGGCAGUAACGGAAGCUACAACCACCACAACGGCACCUACCAGCAGAAGCAUAGCCACCAACAACAUCAGUCACAUGUCCAGCAACAGCAACAGCAGCAACAGCAAUCGCACCAUCAGUUGCAGCCACAUCAUCAACUGCACCAUAGCCACAACCACCAGCACCACCAACACCAACACAUUCAUCAGCAUCACAACAGCACUGUCGGCUACACGACACUGAGCUAUGCCGGUUCGGAUGCGGGCUUCGUGUCGCCUCCUCCGUCACCACGAUCCAACAGUUCGCUAGUAUCCUGUUCCUCCUCUUCCUAUUCGACAGCUUCAUCCUCUUCCGUUUCGUCAUCGUCGGCCGUUUCGUCGGCAGCGUCCACAUCUUCCGGUCUAUCGUCAGCGGGGUCGGAGAAUGGUUCGUCGUACGAAAAUCUGGACAAUUCGGCCCAGCGAUUAGCGGUACUGUCGUUUGAGCAGGUGAGGAAACUGAACGAUGUGAUGAACGAACCGGUUGCGAUCCAUGGACGUGGAAACUUCCCCACCCUGGAAGUCCGUCUAAGGGAUCUUGUGAACAUUGUGCGUGAAAAGUUGGAGGCCGAUGUCGGUUCCGGUGGAGCCGGUAUGACUGUGAAGGAUAUUCGGCUUAACGGAGGCGCUGCUAGUCACGUGCUGGCUUCGGAAGCACAGCCAUACAACGAUUUGGACUUGAUCUUCGCUGUGGAGUUUAGCUCAAACAGACACUUUGACCGAGUAAAGUCGGCAGUAUUGUCGUCACUGUUGGAUCUGCUGCCGGAAGGCGUCGUGAGGAGGAGGAUAACGCAGUGCUCGCUGAAGGAAGCGUAUGUUGGUAAAAUGGUGAAGGUGAAUAACGAUGGUGACCGCUGGAGUUUGAUCUCGCUCGGCAACUCGCCUGGGCACAAGAACGUCGAACUGAAGUUUGUCGAUACGAUGCGUCGACAGUUUGAAUUCAGUGUCGAUUCGUUCCAAAUUGUGCUGGACUCACUGCUGCUGUUCUACGAUUGCACCGAGAAGCCCAUGAUUACCGAAAAUUUCUACCCGACCGUGGUUGGGGAGUCGGUGUACGGCGAUUUCCAGGAAGCUUUGUACCACUUGCAGAAGAAGCUGAUAUCGACGAGGCAGCCGGAGGAGAUUCGUGGCGGAGGAUUGCUCAAGUAUUGCAACUUGCUCGUGAGGAACUAUAUUCCAGUUGAUCCUCAGAAGAUCAAGACAUUGGAGCGUUACAUGUGCUCAAGGUUCUUCAUCGAUUUUCCGGACAUUGAACAGCAAAGAAUCAAACUGGAGAGCUAUCUGCGGAACCAUUUCUGGGGCGAGGUGGAGGAACAUCUGCAGUACCAGUACCUGAUGCAUUUAUACGAGGUCGUAGAACAGAGUACGGUCUGUUUGAUGGGUCACGAGCGUCGGCAAACGUUGAUGCUGAUCGAGUCAUUGGCGAUGCAAGUUUUCUACCGUGAUCAACAGCAGAAUCAGGCUACACUUAUUACCGCUGCGAGUGCGUUACAACAGCACACCACCACUCUGCAACUGCAACCACUUCAGACUCAGCUCUCCCAGAUGAGCUUACAACCUCAACCACACUCCCCAGUACAGCAGACUGUCAUCCACCACCACCACCCGCAGGCUUCACCCCAGACGCAAACUUUGCAACUGCAGCAUCCGCAGGCGCAACCUCCGCCAGGUGGACAAGUUCAACCGCAACCACAAACUAUCUCUCUUGCACCGCAGCCCGCUGGUCUUCUCUACGCCAAUGGAAUCUACUACGCUCCAGUCAUCCCAACGACGCUCUGCACAUGCAACACGACCUGGCUGACGACGUGAUCGGCCAUCGAGCAACACACCACCACCAGUAGCAUCAAUACCACCACUACUACAACCACCAGCAACAACUACUGUAGCAACAGCAGUACUCCAUCGUCACUGCUAUUGGGAUCGAUCAUUAGCUUCACCACCACCAACGCACCGAUAGUGGCGACUUUUGACCCACAAUCGUCCAGUUGUGGAACUUCGUCGACCGACCAUCAGCAGCAGCAGCAACCCGUACGGUGCAUUUUGGACAACGUAUUGCUAUCGAAAAGAUGAUCACAAGAAGAGUAAGCAAAGCGUUAAAACACUCACACCCACACUUCUGAAUUCAUAAUUCUAAUCGAAGCAUCGCGAAAAUUUCGCCAAUCAAAAACUGUAACUAAAAAAAACAAAACCCAUUUGUAAUAUUCGACAUAACGUAACAUAAGUACAAUCAAUUCGUGGUUGGAAGUUCUUGCCAAAGAUGAAAUUAAAUACACAGCAGUAGAACUGCAGGAAACAGUGACCGGCGCGCCUCCCGUUGGUGAUCUUUUAGCCUUUUUUAAGUUUUGUUCAAAUUUUAAAAGAGCAACACUGCACUCUCGUCCUUAAACAAACGAAGCUCCUCCGCUUGCGAACGCCACCUAUUUAUCACUGUGUUGUUGCACAACAAACCAAACAAUCGUAGCUUAGAGAGGGGAAAUAAAAGUAACAUUACGCAACCAUUGUUAACCAAAUGUUAACCGAACUUACAACGGCAAAUGUACAAAUGUGUAAAAAACAAAAAAAAACUAUAUUUAUUCCGCUGCAGUAGAAAUAUGUGUGCAUGUUCAAGAAAUAUUGAGUCAAGCUGCCAGCACAAAGAGGCAAUUUUAUUUAAAACUCUGAGUGUCGAUUAUUACCAAUACCAAUAACAGUUUCUUAAUGUUGUUUAGUGGUAGCUGAUAGGCCGAAAUUUUGACUAACUACAUAAAAAACGAUACCAUUAAUUCAAGUAAACUACCACCAACCCAAUUCUUACUCCAAAACAUCGUAGGUUUGUAAAUUUUCAGACCAAUUUUCCUAACUCUCCUACUAAACUCCUCCCAUUUAGUGUUUGUCGAGUGCUGCAGGGUCGUUGCACUACACCACCACCCAGGCGGCUGGGUCUCUUAAAUGAAACAAAAGAAAUGAAAUAACGAAGCAAUUUUUAACGCGUAGGUGUUCAAUGAUAAGCAACAAAAAAAAAGAAACAAUGUAAAAUUUAGACCCACCACUACCACCUUUCUUUUACACACUACCUACUGACUAAGUAGCAGGAGGUCAGUUGUUAGGCCUCGCACUCACCCACCUCUUCCUCCCUCUUUUCUUUCCAAGCAAGCAAGCAAGCAAAUGAAAUUAGGUACAAUCAAACGGCUCGGCUGUUUGCCCCCCAAAGUUACGUAACUACGCGCCGCCACUGUUUCACUGUUGUUCGAUUAAUUUUAUUUUUUGUUUUUGUAAACAUGUUCGAUUAAUGAAGAAGAUGAUGACGAGAAAAGUGCAAUCAAAUAACCGAUCAGAAUCGGUUGGUACAAAGCUCUAUGUAUGUAGGUACAAACGAGUGAGCGAGCAAGCAAGCAAAAAAAAAAUCAUCAAACCCAAAGUGCAAGGCUGUUUUUAAAAUGCAAUUUUCGUUUACUAGGCUGUGAGUUCGGAUUUAGGCAAUUCAAUACCAUCAUCGACUCCUCCCCUAUAGUUGUUUUUGAUGAUCGAUUGUUUUUAGUAAGCAGUGCAGUGUUUACCAUGAGAAACAAAUGAGUCUAAUUACAGUUUGACGGUUCGAGUGAAAUAGACAAACUAGGGAACACUAAGUUGAGUUCAAGGCAUCAGUUUUAUACGAAAUUUGAGAAUUUUUUUUACUGCGAUUUACAGCAAUUUCAAGAUCGCUUUCCUUUUAAUUAACGCGCGAUAACUAUUGGAUAGUGUUAUGAGCUUUUCAUUCAAGUAACCGCUUGUCUAGGGCAAAUAAAAACAAAUAAUGAAAAUUAAGUUAAAUUAAGUUAAUGAAAAUUAAUGAAAAUUAAGUUAGAUCCAGACUUAGAUUGUUAAAGGAAGUACAUAGACCAGUCUGCGACUUCGCAUACGGGUAUAAAAUAUGUUAUCAGCUCUAUCUAUUGGUACGUGAGCUUACUAAUCUAUCAUAGUGUUUGUGUAUUACAUAAAUUUUGGUGACAAAUGAUAGCUUCUAAUCUAAGAUAGCAUUUCAAGCUGUAAUUCCUUGCCAGAUUGCACGUAGCAUAAUACGUGCAAAGUUUAAAGCAAAAACCAAUUGAAAUGGCCAAACCCAUCUGGGUUUCAUCAUCCAUGAGCAAGAAUUCGGAAAAUCUUAAAAGCAAAGCAAAGCUUUGGUGCCUCAUUCCGAUUUUGAAACUUGGCCUACUGUUUUUAUUCGACAGACUUCGCAGCUAGCUUUUGGAGUACAUGACAAUUAGUCCAAGGGGACUAGAGAUUCUGACCUACGACGAUUGGCUUGUUAAACCAAUUUCAUUCCUUGAGGUCAACUGGAAUGCGUUUUUUUUUUCAUCUAGAAUCGACCAAUGUUCCUUUAUUGGCCUUGGUGCUGGCCUUUGGAGUCACAUUCCACUCAUUCAGAAUCACAGUGACGCCAUUGUCGUUGUACCACUGUUUGAUAGAAUUUGAAUUUAGUCAUAACACGCAAGUAGGGCCAGACAAAGCGGUCAUCCUCAAAGUUUCUCCAGAGAAACCAGCAACCACUUCUAAAGGCACCCCUUUUAGUAUUUUUGCUAGUCCAGGAGAGCUUCACUUUUCAGUCUGCAACAGCAGAUUGCUUGCCAAAUGAUAAACUUUUUCGGGUCUUCUGGGUCAUUCUACCUAUCAAAGGUGGAGUAAGAUUCUUGGCUAGGAAUUUGUCAGCGAAUGUUUUAACGUCCAUAAUGAAGCAAACGUAUUUCUUCAGUCAGUUCUCGUAGAGCUUGUUUUGGGCAUUUUUUUUGGCUUUUGGCGCCUUUUGCGUUAUGGUCCGGUACAACUUGCGCCCUGAAAUCGCUCAAAGCAGCCCUCUCGAUCGUUUCUUAGAGGUCGCGGAUUCGAAUCUUCGUAGAAUCAGGCCUUUGUUGCCUUUGCCUUUCGCAAUCGCUUUAGCAUAGGUUUAUUUUUUGGCCCCACCACAUCUCCCCCGAUGAAAGUUGCAUUUACCAACACUGAAGCCUCUUGUCAAGGCACAUUACAAGAGUGGUACUGGCUCGAGGUGCGUAAUAACGCCUCUUGUCCAUGAGUAAAUUGUGUACCCUCGACUGUUCUUUUUGGGUAUUACAGAAGUCAAGUUCGAUGCGAUUCUAUCAAGCAUCCGUCCUUCCGAGAUAAAAAUUUACAGGUUACUGUUGAAUUCACUAAGCAACCAGCCAAAAAGAGAGGAAAAUUAAAACAACCGAGUUUAUAUAGUUGGACAUCACCAUGGUUUGAACAUAAACCUAUUGUUGGUAUAAAGUUUCGCACCAACACUGCUCAAGAUUCAGUAUUCCUCGGUUAAGCAAGUGCAAAUGGCCUUCCCCUCCUUUCGUUCAAAAGCACCACUCUGAUCAAUGCGGAGAAUUCCCAACCAUAACCAGAUUUAAAAUGACUGUUACGACGUGCGAAGAAUGGAACAGUCAGUGUUUUGCCUGUUUCUCUUUGGUCUGGCUAUAAGAAUGGUAUUGGUCCGAGGUGCGUAACAAAUCUCCGCAAUUCCCGGGUGUUAAAAAAAUGUUAAGAAAAAAUAGAGAAAAUAUACCGACAGUACCGAAAGCACGGGUAACCACUGUAGGGGGCAGCCCCCCGCGGAACCCGUUUCUAUUUAGGUGCAUGCAUUUUUCCACUAGGGUGAACGAGCAGCGAGUUCUCUACAUUCCCGACAUUUAUGGAGGUUGCCCGCCCGGUUAGCUCCAGAUGCUACGAUGCUGGCCUAACAAGCCAGUUGUCGUAUGUUCGAAUUUCGACUGGGUGGUGCCGCUACAAAGUUAAUAGGAUCUUUGCACUAGCCCCGUAAUUUUCCUAUACUUUUAUAAUCGGCUGCGAAGCCUGUCGAUAAAGAAGGAUCAAGUACUGAAGGACAUUUAUACCCAUGGCUUUGCUUUGCUUGUGCAGGUUGAAUGUCGUGAAUAUUUGCCGUUCAUGUUUCGACCAUUUUUUAUUCGGUCAUUUGUGAUUCGGACAUUAGAUCUAUCAUUCCAUUUAUUAUUUCGGCUAUUUGUGUUUCGGCCUUACGUGAUUCGGCCAUUCGUGCUUCGACCAUUCGUAGGUAAUCCAAGCAUGCAUAAGAGAGGGUGUUAGUGUGCAAGCAAAAUGUGUAGGACGAUGUUUUUUAAGAAUUUUUUACUAGGCUCUUUUUCUAAUUCCCGUCGUAAUAAGUAAAGCCAUUCUAAUUUUCAUCAUUUGCUGGAUGGAUUUAAUGAAUACUCCAAAAGUUCUUGUGCUGAUUUGACUAAAACACACUUACCUUCCGAUCCGUGAAUUUUGAAAUCACUGAAAAGCGACUAUUAAAGCAUAUUAUUGAAAUUACGCAAUUGACUUUAUUGCUAAAAUUCGUCGUACCGUUUUAAAAUCCGUCCAUCAAAAUUUUUCAUCGUCCGAACUAAAAAUCACAACAAUGUUUACGAAGCUAACGCGCAUGUAUUUGUGUAGGACGGCAUGACAAAUGUUAUUCUACAACAUUUCUGCAGGUUAGGCAAGUUUUCCUGGCUGUAGAAUAACGACAAUGCCUUGCGUGAGUUAUUUUCAUUUAUGAAUGACGGAAAUUAGAACGAUUAGUCGACAUUGUCUUCUUCGUCGCACGAAAAAACGUAGGAAAUUUGGCUGGUAGGACUUCUUUAAUGAUAAAAAGCAUUUAAAUAGAUCUCAGCUCACUUUGAUUGAUCGCGUAUGAUAAACAACUAACUAAAAUAUUAGGGAAUAACCAGUUUUGCAUUGUGUGUCAUAAAAAUGCUGAUAUUUUUAAUAGUUUGUGCUGGAUAGGACGGGAAUAGGCAAUUACGACGAUGUAGCAACAUACCCUAUGUGUUAUACCAGUUCGUCCGUGCUUUUAUCCACUGUUUCUUCAAAAUCAGAGUGUUCUCCAACACUCUCCUUAGGUAUUUUACAAUGCCUGACCUUUUCGAUGGUCCAAAACUUCUCAAUCUGGCGAAGUUCCAACGAUUUCGGUGGGUUGACGUCUUUUAGUACGAAAACAACAUUGUUAUUUCUGUACCGAUCAUACACCGGCCUCGCCAGCUGUGGAAGGAAACUUGGACAAAAUAGCAUCUCGCCUCCGUGAAUUUGCAGGAAGAGACGUACGGCUGACUCAUCUUGUCGCACCCGCAAAGGGUCAGCCAAACCUAGUUUGUUUUGGCGGAUUUCCCCACGUCCGGAACGUCGGUUUCGUCGUCGGCACGGCUUUUGGCCACCGUGUUUUGUUUGUCGUUCCGGUUCGGUGCCUUUCGGACCUUGAAGAUGUGGAGGCCGGCAUAUUUAAUUGUGUUUGGAUAAACCAGAUGAAAGCAUCCGUCUAUUCUUCGCUGCAUUACGAAUUGCCGGAAGUUUCGGCCGACUUUUGAGCAGACCUAACGUUGUCGUCUGGAUUUCUUUGAAUAACUUCACCACCCGGGAUACCGUCGAAUGAUGAAUUCCCGGAGGUGUUACCCGUUACAUCGAGCCGCAGUCGAAUUUUCCACAAUGGCACAGGCUUCUUCUCCAAUGCCAUUUCGAUAAUCAUUUGACAGAUUGUGACGAAAUUCUACCAACGUAAACAUUGCACUCUUAGCUAUUUUCAGUCAAUAUUUCUUCAUUUUUUACGGCCCCCCGGCACGUCGCCAUUUUUCUGUGACUGAAACUGAAACGUCAAAAACACUGGUCAAAAUCACUUCAUAGAAAAUCAAUGCGACGGCCAUUGUUGUUUGGGGUAAAAUAGUGAGGGGUCCAACUUAAUGGGGGUACUGUCAAACUCUGUAGACCAAGAUAGCGAUGUCGAGGAGCUGGAGGAGGUUUUUACGCAUACGUUAAAAAGAUGUUUAGCGUUUGCGUUAGCGUUUUCGGGUACAGUUUUUGACCUAAGACUUGCAUCGUCUUUUUCACUAUAUAAAGUGUUUACAGUCGUAUAAAAUCAAUUUGAUGAAGAAAAGAGUUCUUCCAAAACCCCCUUGGAAUGGUAAAGCAUGUUCUAUUCUUACUUAGAAAUAGAUGGAUUCCAAAACAAAGUAGCCAUUUUUAAUGUUGCGAACUGUAAUUUUGUAUCUUUUCCACCAAUUUCUCCAAACCAAAUGCGAAUGGUAUUUUGAGCACUACAUUUUGCAAAUGGCAACCCAUAAAAGAAUUUGAGUGUGUUCGCUUCUGAUAUCUGACAAAGGCUGCAUCAUCUAUUACCAAACACCGAAGUAUAUAUGCUCGUUAAAUUAAACUCACUUGCAGGAAAACCCACUCUAACAUGAGUUUACAUUAAAAUAGACUCCAUUGAGCUAAAACGUGGUUAAAACUACUCAAAAUGUCCUUAAAUGUAUAAACUCAGUUUCUGAGUAGUUUUUCAACCAAAAAGUUAGUAGUAGGAACACAAAACUGUGUUAUUUAUCACAGCGAGUAAUAUUGGUAAAUUGUUCAAAUUGAUUGAAUUUUCUACUCAAAAUCUGAAUUUGUACAGUUUAGGAGCAUUUCGAGUAGUUAUGUUCAGGGUCCUUAACCAGUUAACCAACCAACCAGUAGGGUAACCAACGUAUUUUGGACCCCUUCAGCAGCUGUACAUAAUUUGGACACUUACAGCAAAAUCAAAUGGAAAUGUCCAAUGCGAGAUGUUACUAGUACACAAACACCGAAAAGAAAUGCACAACGAAAACAUUUUUUGUUCUACGUGUCGUACACCCUUCAGUGUGGUAGAGAGUUUGUCACCACUGUUGAGACACUUUUUUGUAUUCCCUUUCGGCUGUUACACACGCAAGCACUGCAUACAGCUUUCCCCUAUGCAGUGCGGUUUUGAAUAAGAACGUUUCCAAUCCACCUUAUUGCGCGCUUAACGGCGGCUAGUGCGUACAACUUUUCAAAAAUAUUUAAAUGUUUUUGGCAACUCUGCUCACGUACAUUUGUACAGCAUCGAGGCCAUCAGUAUGGGGGUACUGUCAAAUCAUAUGUGAGAGUGUAUUGGUGGCACCGGGCUAGUGGAAAUAAACCUUUUCACGGUGCCUAACCUCAACUCUGGUUUGACGUUUUUGUGUGUUUUGUUUUGACUCCCUUUGUAACCUAAUUUUAUUGCUAGUGGGUUUAUUACUUGUAAUUCGUAGCACUUGUUUGCGGAAACCGGAAAUACCCGACUUUUCCGAGACAGGAAAAUGGUAACAGUUCUUUUUAACAUAUAUUUUUGUCCUUUUUGCAGUUUUUUACUUCUGGGUCUUGCGAAUAAGUAAUCAAAACAAACCCCACAACACUGUCAAACCUGGGACGAAAAAAACGCACUGACAUCUGCGUGCAAUGCUUUAUGCCAACUUGACGUGAGCAAAGAUGCCAAAACCAUGCCAAUAUUUUCCGAAGUCUGUACCCACUAGGGGCCAUUCGUACACCCUUAAAUAUUUUUCCCUAAAAGUUGGUUGAGUUUACCUGAACUGAAUCCAAACUACUCAGAAUUUUGUUGACGUAUAGAAACUCAAAUUCAUGUGUAGUUUCAAACUAAACAAUUGAUAGAAUCUAAUUUAAAAUAUCGUUUACUGAUUUUUGAGAUUUUACUGAAAUGCUCUAAAAUAAGCUCUAAUUAUUUGUAUUAUUAGAAUUUUUGUAACCGUGAAUUGGAAGAAAAUUGUUAAAGUAGUUGCGAAAUGAAAAUCGGAAUUUGUAUAUUUUCAGAUAAUUUUGGCUAGUUUUAGUCUAGUUCAGGUAAACUCGAGUAAUUUUUAACUGAGAAUAUUUGGGUAUGCGUGUUUAUCAUCUAUUUUAGUUUGGCAAUACUUAGACUAGGCGGCCCUAAUGGCUGCUAGAAUUCCAAAGUUCAGGCAAUUGUAGUUUACAUAGAAUAAUUUUCACAAAAAAUAAUCACUAGUUUGCUGAUAGCCCAUGCCCUUUACACGGUGUUUACACGGUAAAAUGCUUUACAAACACUAUGUGGUUUAGUAACCCCUUUAAUAAUCUAAGAUCUUAGAUUUCGCAUAAAAUAUGAGAUAUUGGUUUAUAAUUGCAUUUGCAUCAAAUUAAAAAUCGUUCUUACUUUAAUUAGUGUGCGCUUUUCAAUUAGUGCCACGCGGUUUCCAUUCACUUGAAAACCUCUAGCGUCGAGAGGUAUAGGGAAAAUCAAUAAAAGGUAACGCAAUUUAAAUGCAAUUUAGUGACCUUUUGAUUGAUUGGCUCCAUCGUAGGUGUGUUUGUGCCGGUAUGGGUACGUACAAUAAUUAGCGUCCGAAGGGCGGUGGCAAGUCGAGCGCGAAAUUCGUUGUUCGUAUGUUGAUUCGAUUAGCUGCCAACAAGAAGCCGGAAGGGAAAUCAAUUCGAAAGGACAAAUUUUGUUGUAAGGUCGUUCAGUCGAUUUUUAUAGGUUGUUGGUUUUUCUGUUUUGGUUUUGUUUCCAUACAGUCAAACUGAACAAAUCUGAAUUGGCCUAGACAAAUUAAUUUGAUUUAAAUUAAUAUUAAUGACAACACUGCAUGGCAACGGAGGAGGCGACGACGAUUGUCUGUUUAUGUUAAUUAAAAUUAAAGACAUUCCGCACGUUUGAGUUUCCUGAACACUAGUAAAAGACGAAAAUUAUAAAGAAUAAAGAAGCAAAAACCAUUUUUAAAAUUAGGAAAGUGAGUUUACUAGUAGUGGAGUUGCAUUUUAACUACAGCCAGUGGGUCAAGACCCCAUAGAAGAAAGGUAUGUACCACCAACAUUUGAGAACACGCAGCGGAUAAUGUACAGUCUAAAAUUUCUACGCUGAAAACACAACUACGAUUGUAAACUGAUUGAAUCUUUAAGACAAAUAAGCCAAAAAACAAAAUGAACUUUCAAUAAACGUAAAAAGUAGGUGUCGUCGGAGUUUGACAGAUUAAUGUGAGAAGACGCCACCGUGUCCAAUGGCGGCGCAAAUAAUCGGAUUACGCGAACUGUGGGAAACAAAUGCUAGUGAUUGGUUAACUAAAAGAUGCAAUGAGCUUCCUUCCUUUAACUAUAAUUAAAUACAUACAUAGACGCAUGUUGGCAAACAAGUAUGGAGAAUCAAAUCGAAAUUAAUAGGUGAGUGAUUUUACAGAGAAGCCCGCCCGGUGUGAGAGAAGAAGACGAUGGUGGAACUAUUCCUGAUAAACAAAAAAAAGCAAAAGUAGUAGCAACGAGCAAGAUAAAUUGUUGAAAAAGGCUGUGUUAAUUCCUUCUUUGUAUAUCGUUUGUAAGUGAAGAAACAAAAAAAAAGAAAAUUACACCGAUAUGUAGCUGUCAAAAUUCAUUCAAUUGUUUAGGCUUUCCCGAACGUGCAUACAUUUUCCUUUGUUUUUAUUCUGUUUUUUACCUUUUCAGGAUAGCGUUUUUGAGAAGUUGUAUGAAUGUUUCGAGGUAAAACAACACAAUACGAAAAUAAAAGAAAUAAUAAUUAAAAGAGUUUAAGAGACUGUCCAAUAUAUUUGUUCGGAAACUGAAAGCCGUCUUGAUUAGGAGAAAAAUAAAAUAAACAAGAUUUGAUCCCAUUGUAGAUAAUUUUAAAAAUACACACACACACACAUACGAGAUUCACUGGCAACACUGCGCACCCGGUGUACCGUACCGGGGUUCGGAGUUUUGUCAGAUGAAGUGACUCUAAUUGUACUAUGAAGGAAGCUGUGCACAGUGCGAUAGCAGAGAGAAAUUGCCGAUUUAAGCUAAGUGGAUGAUUUGGCGAAUGCUUAAAACAGAAUCGUUGAAGCAGAAGCUGCUUCGCAGACUAGAAGAACUCAAAAUCAAAACAAAAAAAAAACAAAAUGAGAAAACGAGUUUUAAGCUAUGUUAUUACUAUGUAGAUGAUUACAUUCUCUGUGAUUGAAAAUACGAAAAUAAAAGAAAAAUCGAAAAAUGUAAAAACCUUAACAUAAAAAUCAUUUUUUUGAUUUAUUGUAACUACAAUUCAGAAGUUUAAUUCAUUUUACUUAUAAAGUAACUAGAUGCGAUAAUGAACGACAUGAUUUUGCAAGACAUACAUGAAUUACUAUAUAGUUUUAUUCGACCAUUUAAAUAAGUUAUGAUACACAUUGCUGAUUAAUUCAUAGAUUUAAAACCUGCAAGCUUUGUGGAGAAUAUGUGAAGAUGAAGAUGAAACUAAAAAGCGACUUACAGGUGAAAAAAAACAACAAUACUUAGUAAUAGUUGGUUUGUGUCUGGAAUAAAGGAAAACCAAACAAAAUCUUGUGAACCUUGUUUUUUCCCUUUGUCCUUUGAGCCGCUCUCUCCACCAUCGCAAGUCGGCUAAGUAGCAACCAGUCGAAUCUUUCCACAUCCUCCUGUCCGAUAUGGCACACGAAACGCACCGAAAUGUAAUGACACGUGAUUUAGCUAGAUAAGAAAAGUUUUACGAAAAACUUGUGGGUGGCCAAUAUUCGUUGAACGCCGAUUGCAUUUGUGGCCCUCUCUCUGCCUUCUUUUAGAGCGAAAUCACAAGAACACCAAGAGACGAGAGGUUAUUCCAUCUAUCGGUGAAGCAAUCAACUCACAACUACUGGCAAACUUGAUCUUCCGACGAUCAUUCAACGAAACGCCAAAGUGACGUUUCUGUCUGUCAACCUUUGUCAGUCAAAUUACGGGGGGUUAUCCUAUCAAGCAUUAGACAAGCGGCCAUUGUGCAGCAAACUUGCUGCGUAAAUCUCGUAGGAAAAAUAAUACACUAAGACAGAUAUUCGGAUGUGUGUUAGACAGCGAACACCACGAAAACUGACGACCGAGAGUAAAAAGAAGACGCUCCAACACACAAACUAACGAACGAUCUGUGAAACAGAUAUGCCACCUUUCACCACAAUGCGACGACGAAAAAAAAGAACAAAAUACAACAACUACAAAAUAAACAACCAAACGAGAAUAAUUGUUUUGCAUUCCUAUCGAUUAGUUUUGUACGAAAAAAAAAACUGUUUGUUGGAAAGGAGCAAUUGAGAAAACGGAAACGAAAUAAAUCGAAUUAUCGUUCAAACUUAUUUAUCUAGCGCGAAGAGAACACGCUAAUAAGGCACCCCAUUUAUUGCAAAUAAAGCAUGCAGCAAAUAUUGACACUUUAAUUAUUACAUUCAAACCUAUGACUGUCAAAAUAAUUACAAGAAAAGCAAAAAACCCUACUAAAUGCCACCACAAAAUACUAUCAAACCAAACAAAACUCAAAUCAAUGUCGAUAAAAAAGCAGAUUUCUGUGUUAUACAAAGAUUCACUUCUAAGAGCGCCACUAAACGCCGCAAAACGAAAUAAAUAAAAACAAAAACAGAAAAUGAUACAGCGCAUACUACAUUAUAUAGUAAACACACACAUUGAGAAAAAAAUCAAACCAACAAACAUAAACAAAUCAAGUAAUUUUAUCUGUAUAAUGAGAAAUACCGUAGCGACAAAGCAAAACUAAGUAAAUAGCGAAACAAACAAACAAACAAACAAAAAAAGAAAAAACACUGUAUUAUUACAACUGUAUCUAACUACCGUUCAUAUCAGUGAGGUUCGGAACGUAGUUUGGAACAAAACAAACAAAAAAAAAGGUCUAUAUUUUACAGCUCAGAAAAAAAGGAUUUAAAAAUCACACACAUAAACACACACAUACAGCAUACACAUGCAGAGAAAGAACACGUAGUUAUUAUAGUCGAGAUGGACACAUCUUUUGAGGAAAAGAUAUACAAAUAAGUAAUCGGAAUUGUCACACGCUGACAUAGAAGUGAGACGAGGCUCUCGAUUGGAAGUUGUUGAGUUUAGCGGCAGUGUACGCAAGUUUUCACAACAGCAGGGAUAUGAGGUAAAAAAAAUCACACACAGUCCGAGGUUGGCUGUGUAACUAAACUAUACUGAUUAGUGUGCGGCGGGAAGCGAGAGAGAAAAAGAGAAAGAAAGAAAGAGACAGACAGAGAGAAAGGAAAAUCAAAAGAUGUGUUCUUAUGCAGCAUAUAUAGGCUGAAGAAUAAUAAUUAAAAAAAAAUAUGAAUGAAAGAAUGUGUCAUGUAAUGAGUAAUUUAAUUUACGAUAUGUGAAAUAAAGUGAACAAUAAAGUUUUUUUUCUGAAUGAUUACAAAUAAAUCACAAAAGC